AUGAGUAGCUCAGAAGGAGAAGACGAAGAACUUGCAAGUUUCUCGACAUCUGAACAUCAUGAAAGUUCAGAAGAAGACGAAGACAUUGAAGGUUUUUCAUCACCUCAAAAUCAAGAAAAUACUUUGCAACAAGAAAUGGAACAAGAUGCAUAUGUUUAUGUAAGUUUUUUCAUGAUUAAAUAUAUGCAUUUUUAUUUUUCAGCCUUAUACAACAUCUUGGUUCGAUAUGCCUGAAGAAUUACGAGAAAUGGUAAUCGACAAAAUUGAUCCAAUUACCGUUUUCCGUUUCAAACAAUGUUCAAAAUUGUGUGGCGAGGAAGCGAGAAGAUCGAAGAAUUCAAUGUAUAAGAUCGAGCUAAACUCUUCCGAAAAGGGAACGCAUAUUUGUUUUCAUUUGACAAAUGAGUACCCAAAUUGUCCACAUUUUCGUUAUACUUUUCGCGAAACUGGAUUAAGAAAAUGGAAAAAUACAACAAUUGUUCAUGAGAAAAUGGAAUAUGAGGAUUGGUCACAAGAUGAUUGUGAUGAAAUGAUUUACGUAGCCGAGCGUAAUGACGAUUAUGACGUCUGUGAAAGUUCUUAUACGGAUAAAUUGAAAGAAGAACAAUGGAGAACUUUGGAAAAUGGUGAUCAUAAGAGUAUUGUUGCUAAAAAUUUCGAAAAGCAUCUCGAAGAAUAUGAACAUUCUGUCAAAUGUUUCAUUUAUAAUGUAAGUUUCAAAAUUACUUUUUAAAUCAUUCGGGCAGUUUAUUUUCGAGCCGAGACUACUCACGGCGUUUGAACAGAACAUUUUUACAACAAUUUCAGUACAAAACGUUUAAUUCGAUAGAGUUUAAAGAUUGAGUGCGGUAGUAGCAUUUAGGCCGCGCUAACUUGAGGAAAAGGAAUCAAAUUAACUAUCGAGAUGCUUUGAAAUUUGACUUUUUUCAGGAUCAUGGUGUCAGAAUUGGAAAUUUCCACAUGACAAAUUUGAGAAAUCUUCAACAUAUUGAAAUCGAUACAAUCGACGUAUUGGAAAAGAACAUAUUGUCAAUUGAACAAAUUGCGAAGUGCAGAGAAAAAGUUUCACUCUCAAAAACUGAACUGACAUUCGAUCAAUUCAUUCAACUCAAAGCAGAGUAUAUUGAUAUUAGAAUAAAACAUUUGACAAAUGAACAAAUCAAAAGAUAUUUGAAAAUGUGGGAAAAUGGAGAAAUUGAUGAAAAUGUUCAGCAUAUUAUGAUCAAGUUGGGAGGCCUGAAAGUUUUGGAACAACAAUAUUACACCGAUGGAUUAUUGACAGUUUUCGAAAGAGAACCAGCCACAAAAAAAUAUCGGUAAUUUUUAUAUUUUGUUUUUCAAUUUCAAAAAAAAUUCGGAUUUUUUAGAUCGACUAGAAAUCAAUGUUCUUUCGAAAUCAAAUGUCCACGACAAUAUAUUAUAAGUGUUUGGUUGUCUGAAAAUUUGAUCACUAUCAAUCGUCGUAUCCAAGAAAACCGACACAGAGCUAUUCCAUCCCGCCGAGCUUUUCAUUAG